AUGGCUCCCAAAGACACACGAGGUUCAUCUAAGCAAGUUAUCAAUGAAAUUAAAGAAAAAGCCAAACUCUGUGCUGAAGACAGAAAAAAUUCGAAUGCGAUCGUUGACAUUCUUGGCUACAUUGAGCUGGAAGAUGAAAGUGUUAUUUUAGCAUGUAUCCGAGGACUACAUAAAAUAUUCACUAGAUUUAUUUCAACACAAGAGAUGUAUUUUGAUAAACCACCUUCAGAACAGGACAUGAAAGAUCUAAAAGUAGAAGAGAAAUAUAAAGUAUGGUUACGAGAACAAUACGCCAGUACGUUAUUUCAUCUCGCUGAUUUAUUACAUCAUGAUAAUACACUGAUUCAGGAUUCUGCGUUAUUAACGAUGAUGAAGCUGGUAGAAGGUGAAGGUCACACGCCAUUACGUAAAAUAACUCCUCAACAGACUUUCCCCUCACGACUUUUUCAGAAAAUUUUUACCAAGUUAAUCUCAGAUACGAAGGAUAUGUCCAGACUCUGGAAGAAGUUUCAGGAAUACACAGAAUACGAGGACGUCAGAUUUUACGUUUUAAGUUUUUUACAUUCUGAUUUUAAACACAAGAAAAAUCAGGAAAUGAAUGAAAUUUACGUGAAAAAUGUUUUUAGUUUGUUAGAGAAUCUCACAUUCACUUCAUCAACACAGGGUGAUCAGUCAGAAACAAAAUGGCUAGCCAAAAAACCUGACAAUGAAGAAGCUCUACAAGCUAAAUCUUUAGAAGAACAGAAAAAAUUAUUUUCUACAGUUUGGUUAAAAUUCCUGAGAUUUAAGCCCAUGUUAGCAGAAAAUCAAAUUUUCCAUCCUUGUUUGCUUACUCCAAGUAUAUAUAAACAUGUAUUAAUGAUAAUGCAUGAUAAAGUUAUACCUAAUUUAACAAGUCCACUGUUUCUAGCUGAUUUCUUAACAGAUUCCUAUAAUAUAGGUGGAGCUAUAAGUUUACUAGCUUUAAAUAGUAUUUUUAUUCUAAUCAACCAAUAUAACUUAGAUUAUCCUGAUUUCUACUACAAGCUGUAUUUAUUAUUUGAUCCUAUUAUAUUCCAUGCUAAAUAUCGAGCCAGGUUUUUCUAUUUAGCUGAUAUAUUCUUGUCUUCCACACAUCUGCCAGGGUAUUUAGUAGCAGCCUUCAUUAAAAAACUAGCGAGAUUAUGUUUAACAGCGCCUCCUAGUGGAAUACGAAUAGCUAUAACUUCUAUUCUCAAUCUAUUAAAACGGCAUCCUAACUGUCAGGUUUUAUUGGGAAGACUGGACGGACCUUCAGAAAUACAAAAUGAUCCAUUUAUACUGGACGAAACAGACCCUAGUAAAUGUCGAGCCAUGGACAGUUAUCUCUGGGAAAUCAAGACAUUACAGUCUCACUACUGUCCAGAAGUAGUUCUAGCAGCUAAUAAAGUAAACAGUCAGUUAAAUCAACAGGAGGAAUUACUCUCAGAUAUUCUAGAUAUUUCCACUGACGAGCUGAUAGAGAGAGAGUGUAAGAGAAGAAAGAAAGAAACUGCUAUAAAUUAUAUUGUACCAACCGGAUUAUUCACAAAUCAAAAUGAUCAGUUUUCUACCAUUUGGUCUGGUAUUAAAUAAAACUAUCAUUUC